AUGCAUCGGCGUUUCGUCGUUCUGUUAUCCGUACUUGUUAUCGUGUCGUGGUCGUCGUCUGCCACAGAUCCUUACGAAACCCUGACUGUUAGCCGGUCAGCGUCGUCCAGCGAAAUCAAACAAGCGUACAAACGCCUGGCGAAGUUUUGGCAUCCGGACCGCAACAAGAGUCCUGACGCGGCGCAGAAGUUCGUCGAGGUGAAUGAGGCAUACGAGUUACUGUCGAACCCAGAGCGAAGACGAAGGUACGACGAUUUCGGUGCGGAUGACGGUGGCUCCGGCGUCGACCACGAUCACGACCACGACUUCUUCCACGGCUUCCGAUACGGCGGCACCUUCGGCCCGUUCCAGUUUCAGUUCCACGGUCAGCCAUCGUUGUUCUCCAAAAACGCCAUCAACCUAAGGUCUGGUGCAUCGCUUACUUUUUGUACGUGUUCCGAUUUAUUCGAGUUCUGUCUGCUGCGGUGA